CUGAAUUUUGCAUCUAAUAUGCAGUACCUUGGUAGUAAGACCAAAGAUCUCAAAUAAACUGAGUGACAACAGGUGAAAUAACUUAUUUUGGUUCAAAAUAAACUACACCUUUCUGAGCAAACUAAAACUGGCAGCACAACAGGUAGUCCAGGAAUUUCAUUUAUGACAGGCUGUGAGCAAAGGUUUACCUGAAUGAACUCAUGGACCCACUGCUCUUUAGAAAUGACAAACAUAAGACAGUGUCAGAGACUAAGGAUUUGAUUGAUUUACCAGCUGAUGACCUGAGAACCUCUGACUGAGAAGCUGAGAGCUGGAGGGAAAUGGAUUCGAGUGAGGCCAGUGUUCAGUACGACCGCUGGAAUGAAGACAACAUAAACAUGCAAGAGCCGCAUUCACAGUCCAGACUGAUUGGUCUCUAUAACAGACUGUGCACUGGUCAACUGGGCAUUGUGAUGAAAGUGGGAGCAUCUUUAACCAUGAUGGUAGUUAUAUACACUGUUGGAUACAUCACAGGAUACUACGUUCACCGAUGCUGACAAGGACACUAUUUGAAGGAACUGGCUGUUAUUUGAAACAUUACGGACAUCAAAGAAACACCUUGUUUUUUUGCUGUUUAUUAUAGUACCAAAAUUAAUAAAAUAUCACAUUUCAAAAUAUCAAAAAG